GAAGCGGAGUGAUACGAAAAUCGACUGAGGCUAUCGAUAAGUGGCUUUGACGCUAAAAUGUUUCUUUCUUUAUUUUUAUUAAAUUUCUUUUGAAUUGAGUGUUAUUUGUGAAUAAAUUAUGCAUAAUACUUUGACACGUGAUCUGAAAAUUGUGUGUGUGGACAUGAUUGUAAGUUUUUGACUCUAGCUAGUUGACAAAAGUCAAGUAAUUUACAGUCGCUUGCAAGCCGUGAUGUUUCGCCAUGACAGCUAACCUGUUUAUUGUCCGAAAUUCUUCUUUGUAUAAAAAACUAUAGACAACGGGAUACGUUGAGCGUUGGUAAGCCUAUUCUAAGCUACAUGACAAUGACAGCCGCUUAUUUCACACCAUUCCUAUUUUGCCGCACUUUUUUAUGAAGUGAUGCGUAGCCAGAUACAUCGCAAUAUUAACAAUUAAAUGAUACCAUAUUGUGCUGUUCUCUUGAUCAGAUGUUAAUGAGUGAUCAAUCUUGCAAAGAAAACUGCAGGGUGUCAAUUUUUUCGAGGGACUGAGGAAAACCACAGAAAUUGUCAGUCCCUGAGGUGGGAUUUUAAACCAGGAUCUCCUAAAUAUGAAGCAGAUUAUUGUUUCCAUUCAUCAGUGCAGCAUUGUGAUUCAUAAUGAAUGCUGAGCAGCACACAUUGGCUGUACCAACUUCCUCGACGGCUCCUCCUGAGGAAGCAACACAUCCUGGUGCCCUUCAAAGACAUACAGGGACGCCAACAGACCUGCGUGUUGGAACAGCUGUUGCGCUGUCCAGUGUGGCCAAGUAUUGGGUACUUACCAACCUGUUUCCAGGUCCCAUUCCCCAAGUUUCAGUAUAUGGGCUGCAUCCUCCUAGACCAUGUGACAAUGGAAAACCUGGAGGAGGCCAGGAAGGACUAUCUCAGCAGCAGCAACAGCAGCAGCAGCAGCACUGCAUGACGGGUCCCCCAGGCAUAGGUGUAACCACUGAAACCAUGGCACUUGUUCCUCAUCAUCCGCAGCAUGCUCAUGCACAGCAGAUACCUGUGACAGCUGUCCAGGCAGCGCUGACAACUACUGCAGGAGGCGUUGCUACUCUGUCACUUCCACCACACUCUGUGGCUGCACAGCAACAGCACCUGGAAGUGACAGGAGCAGGUACUGGAACUGCUACAGUUGUAUUGACAAGUGAAGAGGUAGACAAAGACAAGCUCGACAAGGGGACAUGUACCACAGAGCGUUGUGGUGAAAACCAGGUCCACUGCCAAGUGCAGUGUGAUCUUCAGUUGGUGAAUGCAGCUGCAGUUGCAGCACAGACUCAGCAACAAGCCAGUGAGCAGUUAGCAGCACAGCAGCAGCAGCAGCAACAGCAACAACAACAACAACAACAACAACAGCAACAUCAUCAACAGCAGCAGCAGCAGCAACAACAACAACAACAACAGAGUAUGGCUGCGCAGCUGUCACAGCAGCAGUUGCAUCAGUUGAACCAGCAUCAGGCUGUGGCUGUACAUCAGGCUGCCUUGUCACAGCAGCAGCAGCAGCAGCAGCAGCAACAACAACAACAACAACAACAACAACAACAACAGCAGCAGCAGCAGCAGUCAGGAGCAGCAGGGGAUGGUACUGGACCUGGUACUAAUGGGGCAGGCAAUAGCGUUAUGCAGACUGCAGUGCCUACCCCAGCAUCUUCACAGGAAGUUGGAACUCAGAUGGAUCCAGUUGCAGCACCACCAGUAGGUCCUGAUCAGCAACACCAGGUGAAAGAUGAGAUAAAACCCACAAUCAGUGGCUGUGCCAAGGACAUGCGCAAUUUGCCCAUGCCUGGGUUUCCAGUACAAGACAUCAAGGGUCACAUGAUGGACAUUCGUACUGCAGAUGGUAGCAUAGUGAAGAUCAGUACCCCGGGGAAUGGAGACCAAGAACUGACCAAGACAUUGGGCGUUGAGAUGGUUCAGAACAUGUACAAGGUAAAUGUGGAAGACAUCAAUCAGUUGCUGGCAUACCACGAAGUAUUUGGAAAGCUUCAAAAUGAAAUAGCUGUGGCAGCUGGAACUGCAAAUGCAGGUGCAGUUCUGCAGAGUCCAGGAGGUGUGAAGUCCUCUUGUAGUGAGGUCGGUGGUGCAGGAGCAAGUAAUACAGCCACAGCAAGCACUGCCACAUCCCCUGCUACAGCAGCUGUCAUCACUGCACCAGGCACUCACAUCUGUGACAUAUGCAGCAAGAUCUUUCCUUUCCGGUAUCAACUUAUAGUCCAUCGACGCUACCACACAGAACGAAAACCCUUCACUUGCCAGGUUUGUGGGAAAGCAUUCACAUGUGCAGCUGAACUGAGCCGGCAUGGCAAGUGUCACCUUGGUGGUAGCAUGUACACAUGUGCAGUGUGUUUCCAUGUGUUUGCUAAUGCUGCAAGUCUUGAGCGGCACAUGAAACGGCAUGCAACAGAUAAACCAUAUGGAUGCACAGUGUGUGGCAAGUCAUUUGCACGUAAAGAACACCUAGACAAUCAUACACGUUGUCACACGGGCGAAACACCAUAUCGUUGCCAGUAUUGUGCCAAAACGUUUACUCGUAAAGAACAUAUGGUCAACCAUGUACGUAAACAUACUGGUGAAACACCUCAUCGAUGUGAUAUAUGCAAGAAGUCUUUCACACGAAAAGAGCACUUCAUGAAUCAUGUCAUGUGGCACACUGGCGAGACACCACAUGCAUGUCAGGUGUGUGGUAAGAAGUAUACACGCAAAGAACAUCUUGCAAACCACAUGCGCUCACACACUAAUGACACACCUUUUCGCUGUGAAAUAUGUGGGAAGAGUUUUACUCGUAAGGAGCACUUCACAAAUCACAUCAUGUGGCAUACAGGAGAAACACCCCACCGCUGUGAUUUUUGCUCUAAAACAUUUACCCGUAAGGAACACCUUCUCAACCAUGUGCGCCAGCAUACAGGAGAGUCUCCUCAUCGUUGUGGUUUCUGCUCCAAGUCAUUCACACGCAAGGAACAUCUUAUUAAUCAUGUGCGACAGCAUACAGGUGAGACACCUUUCCGCUGUCAGUAUUGCCCCAAGGCAUUUACUCGAAAGGACCAUCUGGUGAACCAUGUGCGUCAGCAUACAGGGGAAUCUCCCCAUAAAUGCCAGUACUGCACCAAAUCCUUUACACGGAAAGAGCAUCUGACCAAUCAUGUUCGACAACAUACAGGCGAGUCUCCACAUAGAUGCCAUUUCUGUUCCAAAUCCUUCACACGCAAAGAGCACUUGACCAAUCAUGUACGCAUUCACACAGGUGAAUCUCCGCACCGCUGUGAGUUCUGCAACAAAACAUUCACUCGUAAAGAACACCUGACUAAUCACCUGCGCCAGCACACUGGAGAGACUCCCCAUUGCUGCAAUGUUUGCUCUAAACCAUUCACCCGCAAAGAGCACCUCAUCAAUCACAUGCGGUGUCAUACUGGGGAGCGUCCAUUCAGCUGCUCAGAGUGUGGGAAGGCAUUCCCACUCAAGGGGAAUCUGCUUUUCCACCAGCGUUCUCACAACAAAGGGGCAGCAGCUGAACGACCAUUUCGUUGUGACCUCUGUCCAAAGGACUUCAUGUGCAAGGGACACCUCGUCUCACAUAGGCGCUCACAUUCAGGAGACCGCCCACAUGCCUGUCCCGAUUGUGGCAAGACCUUUGUUGAAAAGGGCAACAUGCUUCGCCAUCUGCGCAAACAUGUGGCCGAAGGAAGUGGGGCAGGUGCAGCUCAGCCUCAACCACCUCCACAAGGACAUCACCAGAAUCCUGCUGUGGCAGGACACGGGGUUGUGGUUCCAACCACACAUCACCUCCAACACCAUCCUCCUCCACCACCACCUUUACAGCCACAUCCCACACACACUGCUGUGGUUGUCCCCACACCUAAUGGGGUUUUGGCCACGUACUGAAGAAUGUAUCUCUUAUGGCUCUCUACUUGUUGUUUCUACAUUACUGUUAGCUAGCUCAUACAUAGCACUUGUGUUCAAAAAUCGCCUCCUCUGUUAAUGCUGAUCUGCUUAAUGAAUUUGUGACACAACAUUGGUCAGAGCAGAUGGCAUAAGGAAAGGGGGGGGGUCUCAUAUAUUCUGUUCUCACAGUGUGUAUAAGGCUUGGCCAGUGUUGCAAUCUCUGCCAAAUAUCAUUCAUUAUUAGUCCUCACAUAGCCAGACAUAGUCUGCUCCCACAGUGGGAAAGUAAGGAAGGGAAAGUGGAAAGAUCAUCAUAUAUUCUUUUGAGCCUUGCCAUACAAGUGAAUUGUAAUUUAUAUUAUCUCUGUACAGAUGUAGAAUUUAUUAUUAACAUUUGAAAUCAAGAAUUUUACACGUAGACAAUCUUUUCUUUCACAUUAAAUGAAAUAGAAUGUACAUAUGAUAUACACAUACACAGAUUAUAUUAUAUUCUAUCUAUGCAUAAUUACAAAGAAUGAUUUAAGCAACUAGAUAAAUAAUUUUAAAAAUUAUAAUAUGAUACAGAAACAUCUUUACGCCAUUUACAUUUCCAAGUGCUGUAUUUCUAAAGAUAGUAUUAUUAUAUUAUGAUGGAAUUUUGAUGCUAUUUUGUAGUCAGUAGGUAGCAUUAGUGCAUGCUGCUGCGAUGAGUCAUCGAACUAGUUUAGUGCCAUGAUCGCCACACCGUGUGCUGUGCUAUCAUCAUCAAUCUUUUAUGUAUCUAUGCGUGUGAAGUGUGCAUGUGUGCAUUGUGUAUUGCUGUUGUACUUCAGACCAUGGUUUGGACCAAGAAGAAGAGAAUCAGAGUGGGAAGUUUGGCAUUUUUCAUAUUACCUUUUGUUUUAAGAAUAGCAAAAUUUAGUUCUGAAAGAUAUAUUCUUAAAUAAUGCUGCUGUAGUAUGUCAUAUUUUAUUCUUUAUGUGCUUAUUCAUUGAUUUUACAGCAUUCCAUGUUAUUUUAUAAAACAUAAAAUUGUCCCUGUGCUUAAUUAAGCAUCAUGCCAUAUUGAUGUAUGGAGGAGUAGAAGCAUCAUUUCAUGCAUUCAUAGCCUUGGCAUCAAAUUGAGAAGAGUGGUCAGCUUCAUACUGCAGCUGCUGUACCCUGAGUAAAUGUAAUGUGAAAAGGUCUGUCAUCUCUCAAAAAAAAUGUUCAUAUCAGAUUUGGUCGUCUGCAGGAUUGACAUGGAUAGAUAAGUGGUUGUGAAGUUGUGUUAGUGUUACUUCUGAGUGUCAUGGUCGACAUCUGGCAUGUUAAACUCUGUGUCUACCAAGAGCUGCUUAAAAACAGUUGACUUUUAGGGGCAUCACAUGGGUAGGGAAAAUCACAACCGCCAAUUUUUUUUUUAUUCCAAGCUCAAAUUUAAGAUAUAUUUUUCAUUCCUCUUUUUCCCCACAAGCGCGCAUAAAUGUGAAUUUCACUACAACACGUUUCCACUUUAUUUAACUGAAAGAUUAAACAGCAGAACAAAAGUAGCUAUUUGUAACAUGUUUUGAACUUAAAAUUCAUUGAAUUUGGGACCUUAGGGCUGCACAUUGUGUUUAAUUUGAUGAGUGAGUUUGGGUGCAUAAAACUUGAAAGAGGGUUGUGUGCUGGCAUAGAUUUCAUCAUGCCUGGUCUACACCUUUUUUCUUGUAAUGAAUUUCAGACACAAGUCAGCACAUAGGAAGCAUUCGUUUAGGGUGCAUUCCAUUAAGUUUGUUCUUCAUUUUUAAUUGUUAUAGUUAACCCUUUAAUGCCCUGUGGUAACUAUGUGUACUUAGUGCUUUAACUCUGCAUUUUCCACUCAUGCUUUGUUUGAUUCUUAUUAUUAAGCCAUCAUUUUAGUUCAUCUGCACCUUCAUAAUGUGUGUGUGUUUGAGUAGUCAUAGUGGUUGUUCAGAAAUGGAAAAUGUUAUUUGAAUUGAGAUACUUGAUUUAGUAUCACCCCUUGCAUCAGAACCUUAAGGAAAUCCAAGAUAGUUUGUUAAGAUUAUAUAUUUUGAACUGGCAUGAGAAUAUUAUAAGGGCUUCCCAUUCUGUUUGUUCUUCUUCUAGUCGUACGAGGUGGUCACUGUGCUAAUAUUUGAUGGAAUUAUAUUGUUAUGAACCCAUCAUUUGGACAACUACAGCAGGAACAUGGUUUGCACUGUAUCUUGUUGAAAGAUAUGUGAUUUAGGAAGUAAAUAUUUUUCUUAAUGAAAUAGAGGAUAUGUGUACAUAUAUAUUGAUUAUUAAUUUUAGUCAGUGUGGCACAUGCAUACAAGCAUUGCAGACUUGUGAGCAUGAGCUAGUCAGAAGCUUCUGGCAGCUUCUUGCCUGGCUGUUCUUGAUCCAGUAUGUGUUGGUGGCAGUUGCCUCCACACAUCUUUGGUUUUUGCACCUCAGCACUUAAGAUUCAGAAGCUCAUCUUGUUGCAACCCUUCACAAAGACAUUUGAUCAUGGGUUUCUGUUCCAUUCCAGUUUUGAAUUGCCAAGAGUGAGUGUUUGAGUGUAUUGGGCACAAGAAACAGCUUUAUUUUACAUUAUUUGGUACCAUGUUAGAAUUGCAAGAGUGACCUGGAAAGUUACUAUGAUAGUAGCAUAAAAUGUGAAAAAAUUAACUUUAUGACAUCUUAUUUGGCAUAAAAGUCAAGGACUUGUCUUCUGUGUUUUCAUACAUGCAUGUGUAGAUGCUUGUAACAACAGCAAAUAUUUUUUAUUUUAUUUCUAGAAUUGUUUAGAGUUGUUUCUAGGUUUGUGCUGAAUUGGGUACAUUUUCUGGGACAACUGUACAGAAAACAAUAACUUUAUUAAUUAUGUAUAUAAAUAUAUAUAUAACAACAUUGAUCCCAGAAGUGUGAAUAGUAUGACAUUGGAAGCAAUUGCAGUGUAAAAAAGUCCAGUGAGAAUGAUAAUUUUUGAAAGUGUACAGUUUUAUAAGAACAUUAUCCACAUUUUAGGUACCCAUGAAGUAGAAUACAAAGAUGGAAUAAAGGGUAAAUAAAAUGAGGAUAAUUCAGUUUUUUAAAUAAGACUGACAUUGUUGGAACCCCACAUGAACUGGUUGCCUGUUUUGCCCUGGGUAUUUUAGUAUUUCAGUUGGUUCAAAGUGUUGUUGACCAGGACAGGAGUCAAACAUGUGACUACAAAAAUGUGUAAAAAAUUUAAGUAUUUUAACUCUGCUUUCUAUUCUGAUUCCCUUCCAUUAGAUGCUUGCUUCAGUAUGCUGGUCAUAGAUGACCAGAUGCUAGGAUAUUUAUUUAAAAUGCUGCUCUAAUUCUGUAACAUUUAGUACUUUUUAUGGCUUGUAUUGUUCUGUUCAUCUUUAUGAAUUUAGAUUUUUAACAUACAUAAUUAAAAUUGCAAAGCGGGUGGUGGUAGCAACAAUGAAAACAAAAUGGAUGUGUCUUACGACAGAAUUUAAAUGAAGAGUAGUUCACAGAGUCAUGUCUUUUAUUUUUGAAGAGAAUAAGAUUCUUUACUUUCUGCCACAGAACAUUCCUACAAACAAAUUGCCUGCCCUACAGUAUAAGUUAACUGAAAUUAUUAACUACUACUUUCAUUCCUAUAUCAUGCUAUCACUUAUGGAUGGUAAGUUGUAACAAAUGAACUGCUUGGAAAUGCUGUGUUAUGCUGUUGGUAUUGAAUAAAUGAGUAUCAAUGAGACAGUUGCACUUUUGUCUCUUACAGUACUAAAUCAUGGCCCAUUUGUUGCACUUUCCAUUUCAUCAUACUAUACCAAAGCCUAGUGUCUUCCUUAAUGAUGCAGCUUGGGACACAUAAAAUUAUAGAAUUGCAUAGGUUGUUAUUUAAGUUACAUGGAUCUAAUCUAAGCAGAAGUAACAGUGUGGUAACAGAUGUUGGGGUGGAGAAUCGUAUGUGGAAUGUUGAAAAUAUUUCAAUUAAUUCAUGUUAGUGGAAUAAUAAAUGUGAAAACUACAGGCACCAGUAAAUCUGAUUGCUACAAAAAUAAACUACCAAUUUGCAUAUGUUCUUUCCACAAUAUGCAUGAAUUAAACCCAGUGGUAUAUUGUGUCUGUACAUUUUUCAUUUCUAGAAUUACUUGAUGAGUUUCAAUAAAGUUUGAUACACAAAAUUACUGUGUGAAUUUAAUUUUGGUCAAUAAACGAACUGUAUUUGCACGAAGCUCAAAUGUGGUUUAUAACUUCUCAAAAACUGGUACAUAAAAAAUAAAGGCCUUGUGAAGCAUGCAAAAUUGCAAGGAACUUCCCAUUUCAUAAUUAAACUUUUAUAAAAGAAGUUACAGGCAGAACCCAAAGCCUAUGAUUUGACAGUAAACUUAAAUUAUGCUCAUGGGCUGUCAUGCUAGCCUCAUAUGCAUAUGGUUGGAUAAAAUCCUGCUUGAGUUUUAAUUGCCUGUUGCUUGAAAUUGAACAUAUAUUACACAUUGUAGUUAUUAUUAUUAGCUGUAGUAUUAAUACUGUCUUGUUUUUGAAAAAGAACUUCCUACUUAUUUACAGAUUGUGUAUAAAUAUAAUUUGUGAGACAUAUACCUCAAAUUUUCACUCUGUUGCCAUGUUAUUGUUGACUUAUGAAUAAUAUUUCUUGCACAAUUUGUAGGUAUGUGUAUGUCAUUAUCUCCAUAGCACAUUUGACAAGCCUAGCUCCAUUGUUCUUUAGUUAUCAACAUAAAAUGAAAAGCUAAAUAUAGAUUUCUUGCAUCCACCAUUUUGAAAUUUUACAUUCUGAAAAAUAUUACAAAUUUUUUUAUAAUCUAUUACCAUACAUUCUUUAAGGACUGAAAACUAAAUGUCAUUAGUGUCACUUUCAACUUCCAAGUUUGUGCAUAUGCCACAUAGUUAAUGACUGUACAAAAUUUACAUGAAUGACUGAGUGGCCUCCAGUGUGACGUUAAUGUUCAUGUUUUCAAUUUACAAAGAAGUUGUGUAUGUGACCUGUGGAAGUUUGGUGAAUAAAGUGAUUCGACAGUCUGGAUUAAUCAUCCAGCAGUGUUGGCAAUUUUUCUUUUGCCACCAUGUCCAUUCCAAGUGGUGAAUGUAUUAUGAGCAUAUUCUCACAAAUCAUUUGUGUAUAAUACCUUCUUAGGAAAUAUGUGAAGUAAUGCUAUAACUAUUGACUAGGUUUUUCUUCUAAAAUAAUAUUUCUCAAAAUAAAAAGUAUCAGAACCUAUUUAUGACAGGCUUGUGAAUAGGAUAGUUUGCAGUGCCAUGAAUUGUAGAAGCCAGGUAUGAACAUCCUCUUCAGUUUCCUCACUUAAUAAUACUAGCCCAUGAAUUCAGUUUGAUUUUGUGUUCAGUUGUGUAAUUUUAAGGAUAGGAGAAAAUGCAGAGGUCCCUUUCAGUUUCCUCUCUAGUGGAAGAAAUAAAUUGAGUGGAACACUGAUAAUCUAUCUCUGCCAAGUAGAAUCUAAUUCAAAGUUAAAUAACUUCAAAUGUUUAAAAGGUUUUGCAAUUCAUAACCAGGUCUUGCUUUUUAGCACUGUUCAUGGUCAGUCUCUGGCAUUAUGUACAAAUUUGCAGUUGUUUAAUUAUAUUUGUGCUUCUUAGUCACUUAUGCAAAAGCAUAUACAGUACUCAUUCUCCAAGGAGCAUGUGUUUUCAAAUAUUAGUCUUUAAUUUUAACAGUGAAGAUCUCAUUUGUGGUAUUUUGGGUUGGUAGUGGUUACCUAAGUUUUUGAAAACACUGGUAACAUACAAGCCUACAUGAUAUGAAAUCUCAGAAGACCACAGCUGCACAUUACUAAUUUUCCUGGUCUUUAAAUGAAGCUUGAUGUUGAUGGUCUGUAAUAUGUAUGUCCUGUGGUAGAAAAGUGGCAAUCUCUUUCUCAAGUAUCACUUGUUUAUGUGCUGCUCAUUUGGGUAUUGUUGGCAGGUGCUGAGGUUGAUACUGUCUAGUGAACUUUCAUAUUUUAAAGUGACUUUUCUAACUUCUUAUUGCCAUAGUUUAAGUCUUUGAAAGUUAUAUAAAAGUCCUGCUGAGGUCUCAUUACAAGAUAGAAUCCCUUAUAGACGACAAUAAGUUUGGGGAAGGGACAGAGUAACACUGAAAUUAAAUUUUCAUUAGAAAAGAAUUUAAUAUGCAAUUUCUUUUAGUUUGUCACGUUAAUGUAUGUGCCUUUUGAAACCUCAGUCAUACCUCUGAAUUAAUUUUUAUUGGUGUUCAAUUUAAUUUUAUUGUAUUUAACACAUAGGUCAUACAUGAUAGAUCAUGCAUGACAUAUUCCAAAGAGCAGCCAGGGCUACCAGCAACAAUGUGCAUGUUAAAUGUGUAUUACUGUACUUGCAUAUUGACUUCUUGACACUGUAAAAUGCAUGUGUGGUGAGCUUUCUGUAAAAUGGACUUGAAACAGCACAGCAGGAAGAGAUGAGCAUUCUAGAGUAUUAAGAAUAAACUGAAAAGCAUUGUAACUGCUAUUUAUGUAACUUUUAUGUUUAGAGAGAUAUUGGUGUCAAUUAAAUAAAAAAUAACAAUUA